UAAGUGAAUCACUUCCGUUGUUAAGUGAAUCAUGUGGUCAUUGAACAAAUUUGGCUUUUCUCACUGACUGCUUGUAGGAAGCUGGCUGGGAAGGUCAGAAAUGGCAAUCAAUGAUCUCGGGAUGUUGCAGUCUUCAUAAAUUCAUGCCAGUUGCCAGGCACCCUAUUUUGUGAUCAAAUGACCAUAGCGAUGCUGUGACGAUGGUGAGAACCGGUUGCAAGUUUUUCAGUGCCGUUGCAACUGUGAACAGUUUUUAAACGAAUGGUGGUCAGUGGAACAAUGUAUAAUACAGGGAGACAUGUUUCUCUACGCCUGGAUAAAGAACAUUUGGUGAACAUCUCCGGAGGGCCGAUGACAUACAGUCACCGACUAGAAGAAAUACGGUUACACUUCGGCAGUGAAGAUAGCCAGGGAUCAGAGCAUCUGUUGAAUGGACAAGCUUUUUCUGGGGAGGUUCAACUAAUCCACUAUAACCAUGAGUUAUAUACAAAUGUCACAGAAGCUGCAAAAAGUCCCAAUGGCUUGGUGGUAGUUUCUAUAUUUAUGAAAGUAUCUGAAUCAUCAAAUCCAUUUUUAAAUCGUAUGCUUAACAGAGACACCAUAACAAGAAUAACGUAUAAAAAUGAUGCAUACUUACUGCAGGGACUUAAUAUUGAAGAACUUUAUCCUGAAACCUCUAGUUUCAUUACAUAUGAUGGGUCCAUGACAAUUCCACCCUGCUAUGAAACAGCAAGUUGGAUACUAAUGAACAAACCUGUCUACAUAUCAAGAAUGCAGAUGCAUUCAUUACGGUUACUAAGCCAGAAUCAGCCUUCACAGAUUUUUCUGAGUAUGAGUGAUAACUUCAGACCAGUCCAGCCUCUCAACAAUCGAUGUAUCCGAACAAACAUCAACUUUAGUUUACAAGGGAAAGAUUGCCCAAACAAUAGAGCACAGAAACUACAGUAUAGAGUAAAUGAAUGGCUCCUGAAAUAAUUAAGACAUACAUGGGAAGAAGUUUUCACCUCAAUGGAAUGCUACUACUGUGAAUUGAUAUACUACAGAAUGCCCCAAUCCCAUUCAGUCCUCGGUCUUUGUACUUCAUGGAGCCACACUCAAAAGAAAAGGAUGCCAAGUUGGAAAUUCAGCUCAAUGAAAUGUAUUCAUAUGGAUCAGUCAUAAGAAAAAAAAAAAAGACAAUAUCUGCCAUUACCAUGAUUACAAUUUUGAUACUGUUUUCCUGAAACUACUAUUGCCCACAAUGAAAAAGACUGUUCAGACUUUGUAUAUAUGAAUUCUUCCUCUGUUCCCCUUCUCCCUUCUUCGCUUUCCCAUCAUAACUCCAUUAAAAAGGUGGUUUGCUGCUGCCAUCCAAGUGGAUUUGUGUUCUGUGUGCCAAAUAAUCCUUGGAAAGCUGUCAUAUCCCCCUCAUUAUUGGUUACUGGCAAAGCAGAACUAGGGAGAUAGUAAGGGAGAUUUAUUUCUGGAUCAUAAUCUUUCCAUUUGCUUAAUAAUGGACAGAUGCCAAGAUUAGUAUUGUAAAUAGAUCACUGAAGAAUAUAAAGGAAAUUGAAAUAUUUUCCCCCUCAUCACAUACCUGUAGUAGGAACUGCCAAGACUGGAAUUAAUCCAUUUUUCUGUUUCUUGUUUUACAAAGGUCAUACACUGUGUUUGGUUAUUGUUAACAAUUCAAUAAAUGUGUUUAACAAAUUAA